UUUUGGCAUUUUUAGUAAUGUAUAUACUAAAAAUAUGUAAACAAAUGAAAUCCUUGAAAUAUAAAUUAUCACUUUUCCUUUUAUCCCGUCGCCAAAUUGAUGUGAUGCAAGGGAAAAUGUGAAUUAUUAAAAAUCAACUUUAAUUACAACAUUUUAUAUUCUGACAGACAAUUAUAACCUAACAAAACUUAUCCGUUGACAAUCAACAUAAUUAUUUUCUUCUUCUUUUAUAAUAUACUACAGUAAUCCGCUAGGAGCGCCACCAGCGAAGCUCAGAGCGUAUAUAGUUACUCUAAAUAUUUUUACAUUAGUUUUGUAUUUUUGUCAACUUCAAAAUUGUUUUGACAAAAAGUAUGGUAAUAAUUUUGAUAAUUAAAAAUAUGUAUUGUAUUACUCGUUAAAUGUAAAAAACUUAGUGUUGUAUAACUACCGAGAAGUUUUAAGAGAAGUACAAAAAACAAGACAUUUUUUAAAUUAAAAGUAACCAAAAAACUGUACAAAAUAUGGCACAAAAUUCUGAGGUUAUCUUAUACUUCGAAGACGUUUUACCAAAAACUGGUUGGGGCCUCUAUUAUAAAUUUAUGUUGGGAAUGGCGUAUGCUUCAUAUUUUGCUAACUCCACAACGUUAUUUUGUGUAACAGUAGCAAUUCCGUUAUCAACAUGUGAAACAAAAACUCCCAAAAAUAUUUUGUAUGCCAUCUUUGUCAGCUUUACUACUGGAAGAUAUAUUGGCGGUCUGGUCCUUAAUUGUCUUUGUGACAUAUUUGGAAGAAAAAAGUUUAUAUCCCACAGCCUGGUAGUAAACUUUGGAGCAACUUUUAUAGCAGCAUUCGCAUUUAAUUAUUAUCUGAUUAUUCUUGCUGUAGUAUUUCUGGGAAGUUCCUUUGAACAUCAGAAAAAUGUAGUUAAAAUCCAUUUGGCGGAAAUAUUGCCAAAGAAAAAACGUGGUCACUAUUUAGCUGUGUGCGAUCUGGUCUGGACUUUGGGAUUUCUACUUUGUGCAAUUAUAACCUAUUUUCUUAUACCACCGUCGUACAUAGAGCACAGAGUAGUUUAUAUGAAGUUAACCACUUGGAGAAUGCUUUUUGCAAUAUCUGGAGGACUGAAUUUAAUAUUAGCUUGUGCUUCUUCCUUACUAGAAGAAAGUCCUAGGUAUUUUCUACACGUAGGAAAGGACUAUCUUGCUUUAUUGACACUUAAACAAUUUUAUGCUAUAAAUAGAUCUCUUUAUGGGAAUUCUUUUGAACUUAAGGAAACCGAUAUAACAAACAUUAUUUCUGACUAUGGUCUCUUUUACCAUCCAGGUGAUAAUGGAUUCAUUAGAUUCGUAAUUGAUAUAACUACUUUAAUGUUAAAAACGACAAGAAUGCUAUUUUUUGGCCCUUUUUUAAGAAGUACUUUAAUUUUAUUAACUGUGAACUGUGUCUUAAAUAUUCUAUCAUUGGUAAAUAUCAACAUACUAUUAUCAAAAUUAGUGACAAGUGAAAAUGUAACAUCUGGCUUAGAGUUAGCGUAUGUUCCAUUAUACAAGAAUAAUACAUUUUGUCCAAAUCUUACAGAAAACAAACUUUUCUUCAACUUCUUUAUGAUCUCAACAAAUAGUGUUCUUGCGCAAUUGGUAAUGGUGUGGUUGAUAGAUCGCAUCCAACGAAGAAUACUUCUAUUUUCGUGUAUGGCCCUAACUGGGUUAUCAUUUAUUGUACUUUAUCAUGUUAAAGAUGGUAUGACUAAAAUGAUUUUAUCUUCAUUUGUUAUGUUUUUUGUAAGUAUAGCCGUGGUUGCUGUUUCAGUCGUUAUUAUAGAAGUAUAUCCUACUGCACUUCGUGGGACUGCUCAUGGUGUGCUCAAUAUUCUGGGGAUAUUUUUGUGUCUUCUACUUGUUACAUUUUAUCAUAUGUUUUAUCAGUGGAUAUUAAUUAUUUUGGGUACCAUAUUUGUAGCAUUGUCUUGUCUAAAUCUUUGGUUACGAGAUUACAGUAGGAAGCCUAUGGUCGAAUGAUAUUUUGAUCUUAUAAAAUUUUAAAAUAUAAAUUUAAAUAUAAUAAAUCUACGAA